AUGAACCUGAAGGAGCAGAAGAACCAAACCAACUUUUCAGGAUUCAUCCUCCUGGGUUUCUCCUCCUCACCAGACUUCCAAGGAUUUCUCUUUCCCAUCUUCCUCUGUAUGUACCUGCUUUGUCUGCUGGGAAACCUCUUGAUAAUCUUGCUGAUCUUCUCCAAUGCCAGCCUCCUCCAUGCUCCCAUGUAUUUCUUCCUUUCUCACUUGUCGCUGGCUGACCUUGGAUUUAGUUCUGCCGCAGUGCCUAAAAUGCUGCACAACUUAGUGACCCAGACAAAAACAAUAUCCUAUAGUGGUUGUCUGACACAGAUGUAUUUCUUUGUGAGUUUUGCUGCUACCGAUAACUUUCUCCUGGCUUCCAUGGCAUAUGACCGCUAUGUAGCCAUCUGCCGCCCAUUGCAUUAUGCCAGAGUCAUGAGCUUCAAGCGCUGCCUUCUGUUGGCUGCUGGAUCUUGGCUCCUGGCUCAUUCCCACUCUUUGUUAUACAUUCUGUUGGUAUCUGAUUUUACUUUCUGUGCUUCUCGAGAAAUCCCCCAUUUUUUCUGUGACCUCCACCCUUUAUUGAAAAUAUCUUGUUCUGACACCUCCAUUGUUGAUAAGCUUCUUGUCAGUGAAGGUACAGCAAUUGUCCUUGGGCCUCUCCUACUCAUUAUCUUCUCUUACAUCUUCAUUGUCCUGAAGGUGGUGAAGCUUCCAUCUAGGUCCAAAAAGUACAAAGCUUUCUCUACUUGCAGUGCCCACCUCACUACUGUGGCUUUGUUCUAUGGCACUGUGAUAGGCACCUACCUCCGCCCAUCAUCUUCCUAUUCUGUCUCAAGAUUGAGAGUGGCAUCGAUAUUUUACACGAUAGUCACCCCUACACUCAAUCCUUUCAUAUACAGCCUGAGGAACAGUGAGAUACAUGCAGCCAUAAAGAGAUUGAUAAGGAAUUGGUUUUAG